UCGCUUCGCGCUGUCUACGCGUGUAUAACGGACUGUGCGAAUCUUUGUUUCGAUGUUUUCGUAGUGGUUGACACUUCAAGCGUGUGCAGCGCCACACCGCACAGUGAGUGCCCGCGGACGCCCGACACACUUCCUUCCAAGAUGGGGACCAGCUCUUCUACUCCAUCUCGACAAGCUACGACUCCUCCACAACGUCCGAAUGCCGGAGAGCGAAACGAUGGCGCUGGCUCGCAAACGACUGAGCGAGUUUCCAUCACCGGGAAUGUCGCAAGGCCACAGGCAUCGUUUUCUCCUGGAGACCUGGUGAAGGUCAUCGACAACCUGACACAACUGAAGAUCCUCCAGCAGGGUCACGGUGGAUAUGUCGACAAGAUGGCACGGUGCGUCGGGAAAGUUGGUGUCGUGGAUCGUGUAUAUACGAGCCGAGACGUGGAGGUGAUAGUCAACAAUGAGUCCUGGACGUUCAACCCCCUAUGUUUGACUUCACUGGGAAACAGUGCAGGCAGCGAAAUCAGAGCAAGGCUGCGUGCCCGUGCAAGUGGCAGGGAUGUUUCCGACGAAAUCGCCGAACACUUCACCCGUGCUUUCUUGGGCUCGUUCGAAGCUUCGCUUGGACUCAGAACCAGUGGCCGCAAGACGGCUUGCAAGUUUUCGGUCGGUCAGAAGGUGAAGAUUUGCGGUGACAAGACACGAGUGAAGCUUUUGCAGCUUGGCCAUGGGGGCUAUUCCAACGACAUGGAAUCUGUACUUGGGCGCGUUGGCACGGUUACCCACAUCUACUACGAUGGCGACAUCAAAGUGAACUUUCGCAACGGAAGGAGUUGGUGCUUCAACCCUGACCUUGCGGAGGCAGUGUCGGAUGAUGAAUCUGAAUCCAGUGACUCCGAUAGCGAGGUUCCUGAUGCUCUCCAGCGCAUGAUGCGUGACUUAUUCGGAAUCCACACCACAGGGGAUGGAAUGGUUCGAAAAUUGCAGCUUACACCGUUCCUUGUAGCCUGCCACCAGGGUGAUGAGUCGUUUGUCAUGGCGUCGAUCACCACCGGUGCCAAUGUGAACGAAAAAAACAACCAUGGAGACACGGCGCUGCAUUUUGGUGCCUAUGGUGACAAGCCAGCUAUUCUGGAGUUGCUAGUAAACUUGGGCGCUGAUAUAAAUGCGAAAAACAAGAAAGGGUACACGGCUCUUCAUGUUGCUGUCAACAAGGACUCUGUAGCGUGUGUGCGCGUCCUCACCAACUACAUUAGUGAUCUAAACGUGAACACUCAGGACGAGUACGGAGACACACCUCUGCAUGAUGCUAUAAGAAAAGCCAACAACGAUAUCGUUGAUCUGCUCGUGAACUUCAGGAGCAUCGACUUUACGGUGAAGAACAAACGUGGCUUCAACGUAUUUCAUCAUGCCGCCUUGAAAGGAAACAUACAUGCCAUGGAAAGAUUACUUUCCAAAAAGCCGGAGCUUGUGGACUCCAAGAAAGAAGAUGGUUACACUUGUUUGCAUCUUGCGGCGGUCAACAAUCACUACAGCAUUGCGAAGCUCUUGCUGACAAAGGGCCGUUGUAUGGUUGACCUCAAGAACGUCAAAGGAGAAACAGCUCUGCUCUUAGCUGUGCACAACGGGCACUGUGAAUUGGCUGAGCUGCUUGUUGAAGCCGGCGCGGACAUCAACAAACCAGACGAGGAUGGUAACACUCCAAUGCACAUGAUCUUGCUCAGACUACAAAAAAUCAAGAUCGUGAGUGAUGUUACAAGCUCAGAGACCAACCUAUCGUUGGCCUGCUUUCUGGCCAACAAGGGCGGCGACCUCUACAAGAAAAACAAGGCUGGGAAAACGCCCUUGGAUGUGGCUGGGGGCACUAAAUUCGUUGAGUGGCUCCUAAGAUCGAAGAUGGCACCAAGGGCAAAGGCGACAUCGAGCUCUGAGCAAUCGAGUGGCGGAGCGACUGCAAGUGCGGCGUCGGAAGAUGGCAAGUGCAAAAUGUGCUGUGACGCUCCUGCUAGCGUGUGGUUCGAACCGUGCGGCCACAGGCUGUACUGCCCGGAUUGUUGCCGGCGCAUGAAGUGCUGUCUCUCCUGCGGCGAGCGCAUCACGGGGAAGGUCUCGGACGGGGAAAGACCCGCAGACAACGAAUCCCAGCAGCGGGAACUAGAAGCCAGGCUGAGGAGGCUGGAGGAAGCCCACACUUGCAUCAUCUGCAUGGAACGAGAGCGCAACGUGGCCUUCAUGUGCGGCCACGUCGCUUGCGACAGAUGCGCUGCCAACCUCAGCGACUGCCACAUUUGCCGAAACCCAAUCGACAAGAGGAUUACCCUGUUUUAGAUAAACGAGAAGCAGAACAACACACCAUCGAAAACCGUGCUCUGUUCUUGUGAUGUCCGGAUAACGGGCAAAACACAAUACGCGAACUUUUUUUCUAUAGACCUUUGUGAGAAUUAACUGCCGCAAUUGUAUCCUGGAUAUAGAAACUCGCAGUGCAGUAAUCGUUGCGAAUUUUCAUCGUGCUCACGCAAACUUCAACGUCAAGCUGGUGUAAUCGACAGCACCAAGUAUUAGUCGGUGCUUUUCGAUCUCUUUCAAUGGGGCUUUGUGGCUUUUUUAUACAACCUAAACAAUUUUGGGCAAGCGCCAGUCAAAUGCCCAUUUUCGUGCAACGUGUGUUUGGUCUAACUUGGCUGGCCACGAAUGACAUUGGACGUGCUUUAAGUUAAACAUGUUAUUUUUGUGUCUCUGAGAUAAAAUAUAUUUUUUUGUGAAACUGGAAUAUUUUGCUUGUUACGCCAUGAGUAUUACUCAUCUUGAGCUUCAUUUAAAUACAGCUUUUUUUUGGUUUU